GCCAGCUUGACAGGUUACGUAUAAAAGGAAAACAUAAUGUGUGAAACAAACACCUGUUGCCCACAGAAUCACGUACAUACACUGGAAGCCAUGAAGCUGACUGUGCUGCUCUGCUGCGUCCUGCUGCUCUCUGUCUCUGUCCAUUCCCUGGAGGAUGAGACUGCCAAUCAGUUUCCAGGCAGUGAUGAGAAGAUGAUUUCUGGACCACCCACUCAAGAGCUGGACUGUGGGAAGUAUGAAGGUGGAACUUGCACCAAGCAAUUUGAUCCAGUAUGUGGCAGUGAUGGAAUCACCUACAGCACCGAGUGUGUUCUCUGCCAGCAGAACAGCCAAGAGAUGAAGAAUGUGAAAGUAGCAAGCAAAGGACCAUGCCAUCCUUAACUGCGCAGUGAAACACACACAACACACAGCUGUGAAAUAGGCAGGUCAUAUUAAUUCCUGUAUCUUGCCUUCUUAAUAAAGUUACAUGUUGCAA